GCAUUAUAUUUUUUUAAGCAUUACAUUGAGUACAGUAUAAAAAACUAAACUAGUAAACAGAUUUUAUUAAGAGAAAUUAAGAAAAAUCCAAUAUUCAAAAAGUCCUCCGACUGAGUAAAUAUUAAUGUUAAAUGCUCUUCGAAAUGAAUUAAUAUUUUUAAAUUUUAUGAAAUUUUCGGUCCUAACUUUUAAACUUAUUUUUGGAUCCAGACGAACUCUUCGCCGUCGACGCCAUCGUCUUCGAGAGUAUCGAAUUUAAAGUUAACGGUUAAUACGAAAAAGGUAAGUUUUAUGGAAAUUUGUUCCGAGAAUUUAUUAAGCGUGAACUGGACCAGAAUUGACAAAACCUUUUAAUCUGUUCACGUACAAAAGUAUUUUAAACUAAGAAAAUGGAGGUAAAAGAAGAGUUAGAUACAAAAGAUUUCGAUUUCACUUUUGAACCAAGUAAAGAAAAUUUUGCUGUUGUAUUAAAGAAUUGCAAGAAAGAAUUAAAGACGGAAGAUAAGAAGUUUUGUGUAAGAAUCAAAUCAGAAACUUUAGAAUAUGGAAACGAUAAUAAUACAGAGAUAAAUACUUACGAAAAUUCAAGAAAUAACACAAACUCUUCUAAUCGUUGGAGUAAUUCCGGUUAUAACAAUGAAACAGAUAUCAAGAAAGAAGUAAAAGAGAAUUGUGAUGUAAAACACGGUAUAAAAACAGAAUGUAAAGUUGAUUUGAAAAAAUUGAAAAUUGAAGUAAAAACUGAAGAUUGUAAAGAUAUUCAUCUUCCAGCUGAUAAUGAACAGGUAAUGCCUGUCAAGAAAGAAUACUUUACUCCAAACGAAAAUUUUAACAACAAUGAAUUGAACGUUAAAAAUAUUAAGAAAGAAGAAGUAAAAGAGAAUUAUGAUAAAAAACAUGGUAUAAAAUCAGAAUGUAAAGUUGUUUUGAAAAAAUUGAAAUUUGAAGUAAAGAGGGAAGAUUGUAAAGAAGUUGUUUAUCUUUCAGAUGAUGAUGAAAAGAUAAAUAUUAAAAAAGAACCAAUUUCUACUAACAACACAAACGAAUCCACUAUUUGGAGUCAUUCUGGUUAUAAAAUCGAAAGAGAUAUUAAGAAAGAAGAAAUAAAAGAGAAUUGUGAUGUAAAACAUGGUAUAAAAACAGAAUGUAAAGUUGUUUUGAAAAAAUUGAAGAUUGAAGUAAAGACUGAAGAUUGUAAAGAAGUU